GUUCAGAAUCAGAUGCGAAACAAAGAAGGAGAAAAGAAACGUGCUUAUUUAACCUUGGAGGAACUGCGACAAUUGUCUGAUGAUACAAAUACAUACAAAUCGAUAGGUCCAUGCAUUAUGGAUUUUGAUGACUGUUGCCAGCAUGCUAAAUCAUGGGGAGAACGUGAGUGCUGGAUAACCUAUCUGUUUGUUUUAGAACCCAAAUCAGUUUUAAUGGAUGAACAGCAACAAAAGCUGAAGGAUAGUGAAACUGCGAUUGCCUCUUUACAGCUGACAAUAGUUGUCAAAUUAUUGCAAGCUUUACACCAAUUUGGUUCAUUAGUCCUUCGGAUACUUAGAGAUCAGAGUGAGGGAUCAUUGAGCUGGUUGAUAUAAUCAUUUGUUGUGAUUCCUUGGAAGGCAAUUUUCUACGUUAUCAACUGUUUGUCAUUAUCAUUCUUUCUAAUUACAGUUUUAGUGGUUGUGUGGGCUGUAUGUGAGGGGAGUUCACUUAUGAAUUAUUUGUAAUCCUGUUAUAAC